CUUGGGUCUUUUAUUGGCCUUCUCCUGCCUUUCUGGACCACGAAAGAUCCGAUACUUUUAGAGCCUGACCUCACAGGCUAAGAGCACAUACGAAGCCCCUGCCAUUCCGAGCGCGACUUGUGUCUGCCACCUGCAGGCGCAUAACCGCAAGAUAAUUUUCCCGUGACCUUGGUAUUCCAUAAAAGCCAUCUUCUCCGUAAUCCAAGCCCUCCCUCUCCCCCCCCUCCCCAGAUGGAAGAUUCCUUCCAGUUCAUCAUCGAAUCUCCUCAGCACGCUACAGGUCACAAGAAACGUCCCCGUCUCGUCACAUCUUGCGAUAACUGCCGUCUGAAAAAGAUCAAAUGUCUUCAAUCUGCGCCAGAAUCGAAGUGUGAAGCAUGCAAGGCAGCUAAAAUACCGUGUCGUUUCCGCGAUAGAGAGCGUUACUUUGCUGAGCGGAGUCGUGCAAUCGCCGGACCGAGCGUAACGUCGAGUUAUGGCAACGGGCAAAGAUCCGAUGGUCCUGGUGAUGCAUUUGCGCCCAGCGGGAUCGUGGCAGCAGACGACGGCACACGUUACCAGUCCUACUCGACAGACAGACGUCGUUCUGCCGAGUACAUCGCUCGAACCGGCUCGCCACAAGGAUACAAUCAUUCUCGACCUACAGUAGGGUAUAAUUCGAUGUCACCCAGUCCGGGUCCAAUGAUUCAACACACUCGUUCCCACUCGAGCCCUCAAGCACGACCAGUGCAUUUAUUUAACCCAGAAUUCCCGCAAUUUCCUAAUCACACAUACAUGGAGACAUUCAUGCCUAUUUUUUUCCAACAAUACCAACACGAGUUUUCCUUCAUAAUCUACGACGACGUUAUUGCAGACUAUGUAGAGCGUAAGUCGGCGCCCAUAAUGAACACCAUCGCGGCGUUGGCAGUUGCGCACACCAAUAUUCCUGAACUUACUGGCCGUAAUCUUUCUACUGUAAUCCAAGCCUUUGGGGACAACGCAAGGGGACAAUUAAGUGGUCACCUAUCGAGCGAAGAGAAUCUUAGAGGUUUGAUGUUAUUUGCUUGGUUCGAAUACAAACAGUCGCGUAUGAAUGGAUUCCGUGAUUACUCUCAUCUGGCAUUGAGGAUGUGCCAAAUGCUGGGGUACACGGCACCGAACGGGGCGCUCCUCAAUAUCCAGGACACUGAACGAAGGCGUCAGACAUCGAAGGGGCUAUUCACCUUAAACUACACGCUAUCACACCUACGUUAAUUCAUAACUAGUUAGUCCAAGAGGACACAUGUAUAAUUUUGAUCGUCGUUACUCUUUACUCUACUACUUAUUAAUAUCAGUUAAUUACGUAACGCCCCUUCCGGCACAGUCGCAUCAAUUUGUCCACUGGCGCUGAAGCUGACUGGUCCCGUUUGAGCCCGUCAGGCACUUUUGGACAUGACAGGACAAGACUUAACUUAUGUUUGUUCGAAACAGUUGGUAGACGUCCUUCUGACUUGUAGUUGCGAC